AUGGCCGUUGAACGAAAAUUUAUUAAAUCAUUCGAGUAUGAAUCUUUUGAGAACUGGCAAUUAAUUGGUAAAGGAGGGUUUGGUACCGUGUUUAGUGCUUAUUCUAAAGAUACUGAUCAAAUUGUAGCUUUAAAGAGAUUACAUUACUGUCCUACAAGUGAUAAUGAAGAUUCGUUUGAUGAAUUUGCUAGAGAGGUUAAAAAUAUUACUAAAGUCGACCAUCACAUAUGUAUAAUUCGAUUCUUUGGGAUUACUCAAGAUCCGACAAAUAAAUUACACUACAUGGUACUCCAAUUUGCAAAUAACGGAGAUCUUCGAAGUUAUUUACAUGAACAUUUUUCAGAAUUAAAUUGGUCAACUAAAAUUAAAAUGGCAAAGGAAAUCUCUAGUGGGAUUAAUUGUUUGCAUAAUGCAAACAUUAUUCAUCGUGAUCUU